UACAACAAACUCUACAAGUAGCGCGCUAAUUUCAUUAAACCCGUCACCCGAAACCCGCUGGUUUUUUAAGUGUUAUCAGUUUAUCACAGCUAGAUGCAAGUGUCUUUAUAGCCUACCUGCGUAUAUUAUAGUCGUAAAAAUUACACCGUAAUAUAUUCGUAUUCGGUCUGUACUGUCUGUACGACGAUUUCUAUGUCGUGUAGUAUAGUAGUCGUGAGUCUGUUAGUGAGUGUAUCGUCGAACACACGAUAGUUGAUUCGGAAUAAGUUUUCGCAAAUUGUAAUACUCGGAUAAAUAAUCGUUCAUUUAAGAUUUUGUUUUCUUAUUUUUUAAAACACGUUUCUAUUAAGUUUCACACAAUUUGAUUUCGUAGUAUUGAAAAUAAUAAAUUUGAAUAAAAUCACAACACUGCUGUUCAAACUCCAUAUUUGAGCUGAAAACGUGCUUAAUUUAUAGAUGACCGUUAAAAUAAAAACUUUAUAAAUGCCUUCAGUCACUACACUGAUAUUUUAUGUUGCUGUGGUGCUGGUCUCGGUUUAUAUCAAUGACCGAAACGGUGCCAAUAUCAAAUUACUCGAAUCUUAUGAACAUAAUAUAAACAUAACAUUCGGCCCACUGAAUCUUGGAAACGAUUCGUCUUGUAACGCACUUGAUUUUCAACUGAAUUACAAAAAACAUGUGGAUCUUGGGAUAUUUUUUUCCAAUUACGCUAGUUACAUGUCUAUGGUAAGUUUGUUCAAACUCUGGACAAGCCAACGAAAUGAUAAAAUAUUCUUUGGCACUCUAAAACUCAAUGACAAAACUGUGAGUGCCGUAGCAAAAGGGCCUGGACGUAAUUGUUUUGAAAUGUUUGAGCAAACGGUAAACAUCGCUACAGAUAUAAACACAAUUAUAACUUAUGGCCAAUGGAACUUGUUACCGCUAAGUGGUGAUAGCCGCAGCCUUGAAAUAUGUUCAAAAGACGUAAAAUCGUUUCAAAAUGCAUUGCUCUACAGUUUCUUCAACUCUGUUAUUAGUGACGAUAGCGAUAAUAAAUCCCAUUCAUUGAUAGAAGCAUGGAUCGCUGCACAUGUGAGUGUUGAGCUUUUAGUUCUAAAGGUAUUACAUGGAUAUCGUUAUGUACCAAAUAUUUAUGCUACAUGUGGUCGAGUUUAUUUUGUUGAGGAUUGUGGUCAUACCUUAGAAUAUCACAUGAGUAAGAUGAAUUUGAGUAAUAGACUAUUAGUGGCCAAAGAGUUACUAACGUUGGCGUUGGAGCUUGCAGAUGGUACGGCUCAUCAAAGUUAUUCAUUUUACCUCACCGAUUUAACAGCCGAAAAUAUAGCUGUAAAACUGAAUAAAACCUCAGGGUUAUUACAGUCAUUGAAAGUUAUUGACUGGAGUGAUGUUAUAAUUGUGGUCAAUAACCAUAAUUUGAAAAAAACUGAUAAUGACAAUAUACAUGUAAGUAAACAUAUUGACUGUGGGCCUGGAUGUUUAUCUUAUUCAAAAGAAGAAAUUUGUCAGUCGAGGGUUAGUGAUCAUAAUAUAUAUGCCGUUUGCAAAGAAUUCUUAAGCAACGAUGGUAGACUGUUACAUGAAAUAACAGACUUAGAUAAAACAAUGAAGUCACCAGAAAAGGAAGUCAAAAACCUUGCAUCUUUAUUGAAUAAUUGUUUGUGGAACUUUGAUGUUGAAAAGCAAUCUGAAAUGAAUAGGUUAGAUACCGCUAAAUUGAUAAUAAAAUCAAUUCAACUCAUUUAUAAUUUUGAAACAUCUAAUAUUACUAAUAAUGUUUUGUAAAUAAAAAAUACAUUUUGUACAAUGAUAUAAACUCAAAAGUGGAUAAAUUACAGAGACUGAGUGUUAAGGCCCACACAUACUGCAACACUAGUGGUAGCAGUAAAAUGCAGUGGGACAUAAUUCACCACUACUGCAUUAUGUGCUGGCCUUUGAACUUAUUUAACCCUUAAAUUAACUAUUAAUGUUAGCCUAUUUACCUAUAGUUGAGAUAUUUUAUGUUAUACUAGGUUAAUUAUAGUUUAACCUAAGACUACCUACUUUUAAUUUUAUGAUACAUUUGUUUUUUUUUUUUAACCACUGAUUUAUAUUAUUCUAAGAACAACUUAAUCUAUAAUUGGCUAAUUGAUAUAUAUUUUUUUUUCACAGCAAUAUCCCCUAUCACUUUUUGUAACUAGAAUGUUUAAUUUCAUUCUGAUAUUAAUUAGGCUAGUGAUUUUUUUGUCUAAAACGCUUAUGUAAUAUCAAAUUAAAUCCGGAUAUUGUAUAAUAUUGUAUACUAUAUCUUAAUUUAUCUAAUAUAUCAUCUCAGAUUUGUCUUUUGACACACUCCUAUCUUGAUGUAUGUGUAUAUUGCUAUAAUAACUGUAUUAAUUAUUUAAUAAAUAAAUAAUAUAUUGAUAA